AUGGCGGCGAAGCGGGAGAUCUCGAGCACCCUGAGGAACCUGAAGUUUAUGCAACGCGGCGCGGCUGCGCAGAAGGUCGAGGAGAAGGCCAAGGUGGAGGUACAGGAGGAGGUGGUGACGGCGCCGAGUGGAGGCUUCGGCUCGUUAGCGCAGAUCGUUAGGAAGUGCAUAGUUAUCAUGGAGGGUAAUCCUCACCCAGGAGCUAUAAAGGGUCGGAUGUCUUUCCAAAAUUUCAAUCCAUCUAUCGAUAAACUAAAUGAAGAGGCAAGAGGUGACCGCCAAACAGAAUCAGCUUCCCCCAGUAAUCGUGACCAAGACAGUGCAAACUCCAGCAGAGGGGAUGAAGUUCCAGCAUCGAGAUCUAGAGAUUUUGACAUUCCCAGUUCAGAAAGCAUAUCUCUGAAUGAACUGAAAAGGAAAGAGCCCGAACUCGAUAUGGAAACACUGCCAUCUUAUAAGGAACCAAAAACGAACGUUGAUGGUAGGUCAUCUUCGCAAAGCAAUGGUCGUGGAUCAAACAAGUCCAACAAGCGUGAAAAGCUCGACUUCAAUCAUCUAAGACCAAAGAAAUAA